AUGGGUAUAGGAAGAAUAGCACAUUAUUCAUUUGAUUUGGUAUUAAUAUCAAUAAUAUUGGCAGGUAUCCAUCGCAAUACAGGAUUACAAUUUGAUACUUCUCAUUUCUCACUGGUUGAUGUACGUCGUUGGUUUGGCAACUAUUUAGCUUUUGGAGAAAGCUGUUAUGAUAAGGUUGUUGGUUUGUUAAAGUUUAGUGGAUAUUUCAAACAACGUAAUUUGGUUUAUGAUUACGUUGAAAGAAAUGCUAAUCAAUUGCUUAGAGAACAAACUGGUAGAGAUUUAGAUGAUUUUAAGAAAUCCCUUUAA